UGUUUAGACAAGGUUUGUAGCAAACUGCUGGUUCAGGUACACCUGGCGGCUGGGGACAUUUAGCAAGGGACGGUGAGCUUGGGUGGCGAAUGGCACCGGUUUCUGGUAGUGCCUUCUGUCUGCAAUGAGUGAAAUAUGGAAACAAGAGAAUGCUCCCACACUGGGAGCAGAAGAAAGGAUCCUCCUGCAGCCAAAGCCACAGAGACCUUGGUCCAAAACCAGGAAGAACAUGACAGGAUGUUUGGGUUUCAUCAAACGCCAGCUCUUCCGGAUAGGAGACGACUGGUAUUUUCUCUUCAUUCUUGGUGUGUUGAUGGCUCUCAUUAGUUUUGCACUGGACUUCACAGUGGUCAAACUUCUCAAAGCUCAUCGGUGGCUUUUUGAGCAGUUGGAAGGCAGCAGUCUUCUCCAGUACAUCUCUUGGACUGUGUAUCCUAUUGUAAUGACCACAUUCUCCACCGGCUUCUCUCAAUGUGUGUCACCACAGUCAGGAGGUUCAGGCAUUCCAGAACUGAAGACCAUUCUGACUGGAGUACUUUUGGAGGAGUAUCUGACGAUGAAAAACUUUAGUGCAAAGGUGGUCGGUUUGACAUGUUCACUGGCUGCAGGAAGUACAAUAUUCUUGGGGAAAGUGGGUCCCUUUGUUCACAUCUCCAGCAUGAUUGCCACUUAUUUGGGAAGAAUUCGAACCACAGUUACUAGAGAUUAUGAGAAUAAGAACAAACGGUAUGAGAUGCUUGUGGCGGCAGCAGCAGUAGGAGUUGCAAGUUGCUUUGGUGCGCCCAUCAGUGGUGUGCUGUUCAGUGUGGAGGUGAUGUCCUCCCAUUUUGCGGUGCGUAACUAUUGGCGAGGCUUCUUUGCUGCUACCUGUGGGGCAUUCAUGUUUCGACUCCUUGCUGUGUUCAACAGUGAACAAGAAACUAUCAUUGCUCUUUUCAAGACAAAAUUCAGCAUUGACUUCCCAUUUGAUUUACCUGAAACAUUAAUCUUUAUCAUCUUGGGGAUUAUCUGUGGGAUACUGAGCUGUGUCUAUCUGUGCUGUCAGCGCUGGGUGGUAGGAUACAUCAGGAGAAAUGCUUUCAUCCUGAAGCUUGUGGCAGCAGAAAAGGCAGUGUACUCUGGACUUGUCACCUUACUGUUGGCAUCUAUCACCUUCCCUGGCAGUCUGGGCCAGUUCAUGGCAUGCAGACUCACUAUGAAGGAGCUUCUCUCUUCACUCUUCGAUCACCGGUCCUGGGGUGUGCUGUCCCAGAAUGCAACACUUGACAUCCAGGCAAGAGUAGACCCAGACAAUCUCUGGAUUGAAUGGUGCCACCCAACCUUCACUUUUUUUGGCACGCUUCUCUUCUUCCUCUUCAUGAAGUUUUGGAUGCUGAUCCUUGCGACCACCAUGCCAAUGCCUGCUGGAUACUUUAUGCCUGUUCUUAUAUAUGGGGCUGUUAUUGGUCGCUUAGCUGGAGAAGUUAUGGCUCUUAUAUUUCCUAAUGGCAUCAAAUCUGAAGGAGUCCUGAACCCAAUAAUUCCUGGGGGGUAUGCCCUUGCAGGAGCAGCAGCGUUUUCUGGAGCUGUGACUCAUACGCUGUCCACAGCGCUGUUGGUCUUUGAGCUGACUGGGCAGAUGGAACAUUUCUUACCCGUUCUAUUGGCUGUACUUGUAGCGAACGCCAUAGCGCAGAAAUUCCAACCUUCCUUCUAUGACGGGACCAUCAUUGUGAAGAAGCUGCCAUAUUUACCCAGAAUCCGGAGCAGUGUGACUGGAGCCUAUGAUGUGACAGUGGAAGAGUUCAUGAACACCAAUAUCACAUGUUUGAACAAAAGUUUCAGCUACACUGAUAUCCUGCGACUGGUGACCUCGCGUUCUGAUGAUGUAUAUCCUGUUGUAGAGAGUGCAGAAUCCAUGGUGCUAGUGGGGUCAGUCCAAAGGAAUGAAGUUGUCAAACUACUUCAGGCUCACAGGGAAGAGGAGGUCCAAAGGGAAAAAACACAUCAGAAAGAAGUGGAUAUAAAUAUUUGGGAAAAGUGCCACAUUGAUCCAGUAACUUUCCAGUUGUCUCCCAGUACGUCGUUACACCAGGCACACAAGCUUUUUGAUCUUCUCGUCCUCCAGCACAUGUUCGUUAGCUCUGCGGGGAAGGUGGUUGGUUUUGUAACCAGGAAUGAGCUGAAAAAAGUGAUUGAAGAUCUGGCCAAUGACCGUAUUCCAAUCAAGCAGUAAAUAUUAUAGAAGAGGAGACUUGUUUGCCAUUUUACAUAUCACCAUGGAGUCUUAAUCAGAGUUGCCUUUAGCCUGAUAUGUCCCAUCACAGAAACACGUGCAGUAACACCAACAAACACAUUAAAGUUUGCUUAUCCUCACAAUACAGUCAGAUUGCACUUCCUACAUUCCAAAAUGUUUCACAACAGCUGAAGUCCACACAUCAUGUUGUUUUGAUUUCCUGUGUACCAUGAGAUUAUAUAACUACAAUAUCAUAAAAACCUUAAAUAAAUAAACAGAUGGGUUAAUCAGAUCUCUGCUUGUAGAGGGUAUUAUAAUCGCAUUAUUAAGACUAGACUUCAGAAAUAUCUGCUGAGUACUGGAAGAAGCACUCUGACGUGACUCUUCUGAAAUUUUCAUUGAGGUAUUCAAGAACGUAUGUCUAACAUGGGCCCAUUCCAACAAGGAUGUUCCUGACUGUUUUGCUCAGUGUUACCUAUGUUACAUCAUCCUUCAACAUAGCAGCAAGAAUGCCAAAGAUAUUUAUAAGUGUGUAGAAAGAUUAUCAGUUGGGCUCUUAGUGUGUUUGAAUCUGCUUAACACACAGGGCUCUGUGUCCUAUAGGCAAUAGGAAUUCAUGCAUACAUUACACCACCCUUUUGUGGUGGUAUUUGUAGGAAAGUGGUUGUGGAGAUGACCAGUCUUUGCUGCAUUCCCCACGUCAACACCCUGACCCAUCAGAGUCAACCUGCCUGGUCAGAGAACUAAGAUUGACAGUUAACUGUUCCUGCUGUCCUGCCAGGUCAAUGAUGCUCUCGCCAAUCAGCACCCUCACCUCAUGCUGUAUAAGUUGGUGCUCCCUUUCUAACUCUGCUGUCUGCAUGCAGACCUUCCAAAUGUCAAAAAAAAGAGUUUGUACUCUGACAAAUAGCAAUUGUUGCUGCAGUACACAGCGCUAGCCUCUGAUCUUACUCCACUACAAGAGUAUACAUCAUGUGUUUGGCUGUGAAUAUUUCAAUUUUGCAGUCUCACCUUUUGAAACAUUUUCAACUGCUUUUUCAAAAUAAAUAUUUUGUAACCCAAACUCUCCUCUUUCUACGGUAUUCACUUUUGAGAUUGUUCAUUGAAUUUUAGCAGACAUUCUACA